AGCUAGAAUGGAGUGAUUUUUAAUUUGUAUAUAUGUACAUAGAUAUGUAUAAAUGACAGUCAGAUAACACUACCUUGGCAUUAAUUUUAAGCAUAAUACACUAGAAAUAUAAUUUGAUGUGACUGUGAGUUUUAAAAGACUGAUAACAGAACAGCUCUUAGGAAAAUUAAAGGCCUUCUUUCACACUGGCAUAAAUCAGGAAUAAAUUCCUUGUAACCAAGCGUUACCCUGUUGUAGGCUUAAUGCAAAGGAAUUGGGCCCCACAGCACCAAAUGGUUAUUCUGUAACACAAUCAAGCACCAGGAACUGCAUUUUCCCCUUCUUAAAAAAGGACAAUGUUAUUUUUUUAGGCAGUUAACAUUUAAAGGUCAUUGUUACGGGAAGGAAACAUUUCUUGUACUAAGUUCAGUGAAGUUGGUAGAAACGGCGCAGUCUGUUCCUUUAUGGACUUCGCUUUACAACACCAUAUGGAGGCGUGUGAAAGACACUCUGAAGCUCGGUGAUAUUGUACAACACAACAGCAAAGGCAAGGCAGAGAUCUGACAGAAUAACUGCUCGGGCUUCAGAGGCAUUUGUCAGUAACAGCUGUUGUAUCUCCGUCUUUCUUGUUAUUCAAGUGGGAUUCGUCUAGGCAAUAAUGCUUUCCAGCCAACGGAAUAAUACCCCGUGAUGAGAACUGAUCUCCCGAGCACAGGAGGUCUUCGAAAAAGAGCACAACUCCAGAUAUUUCUGCAGAUUGGCUAAAGACUAUCUCUGCGGACCUCUCUCUCAUUGCAACGAAUGGCCUCGCGAACACUUUGGUGUCACUGGUUACCUGGUGUCCCCCCGGUGGUCCCCCAGCCCCUUGUGCCCAGAAGCAGAGCCUCCCUUCAGUCUGCAAUCAAUAACAGGGCUGCGCGCUCGCCCUUUGUACCCGCCGGCAGCCAGAACACAAAGUCUUGCUCUAACAGUGCCAGACAUCACCAUUUCCUAGAAUAAAUUAUCUGGGGCAAUCGGGUUUCGUUGUACAAACAAACCAGGGGUUUGGUUACACUGUAACUGAGACACUGGAAAAAGGACGGGGUUGGGGGGGUUAGAAGAAAAUUGGCUGUCAGGAAAUCGCUGAGCAGAUUCAGAGCUUUGAAGAUAAAUAUUUUUUCACUAAAAUAUUAUCUGAUAUGUUAUUUGGUUAUUAAAAAACCCCAGCAGGAUCCAUAACAAUUGAUGGAGGUUUCUCCGCUUAUUUGUUUAUAGGUGAGUAUUCCCUGGAUCAGACAGGCCCCAAUUACAAGGGAUGUUAGUUCCUUAGUUGAUUUCUCAAGGUAGACAUUAACACUGAAGUAAAAGGAUUCCUUUUGUUUAAAGGUAUAGAAAUGCACAAAAAACCAUAGUUCUCCUUUUCUUCUGCUACUGAGACACAUGCUGGCUUUUCAUUAGAAAUGCCACAGCUGUCAACCCCUACUGAGAUAAAGCAAAGAACCUCGUCAUAACAAAAUGGAAAACUGCAAAAAAUAUAAGAUUUUAAACAAAUAAAACUUGAAUAAUGUUUUCCUUUCGCUUCUUGGCACAGGCUGGUUAUUCUGUACAGCAGACUUAAUUCUUUUCCCAAGUAGUAUCCAUAAUCACAAGGGCUAGAAAUAUGUUUUCAAAUGAAAGCUGAAUAUAAUGACAGCACGAGUCCAGAAGCUGGGGAUCUGUGUAAACAGCAAAGUUUUGUGACAGAAUAGUAAGAGUUACCAAGACCAAAUAAUCACAAAAAGAACUGUCAUUUUCAAUUUUUUCAAGGCAAACAAGACUUUGCUAGUUUUAGUUUACAUGCCUUUGUUCAGCCAGGAAGAUCCAUCCUACAAAAGCUCCAUUAAUUUCCAACACAUUAAAAGGAACAACUCUUAGUUUACAAUUUAGAAGAUAAGACUUCAUCUAACAGUAUGUUAUUUAACAUAAUGAAAUCCGCAGGGGAAAUAAAAAGGCAAAGCCUUUGAGGCUUUAUCACACUACAGUAGACUUGCAGACUUCAGAGAUGCUGAUUACAAGACCGUGUUUGUACAAAACCAACACACUAAUUACCCAGAGAGCCUUGAAGUGAGCAGGAAGAUUGCAAGAGUGGAUUAUCAAAUCCUCAGUCUUGACAACACUUGGAGCUGGACCUUGUAAGUAUUUGGGCACCUACUAUGUAGGCAUGUGCUUCAGGAGGCAUUUAGUGGGUGUUGAAAGUCCUGCUUGGCGACAAUAUUCAUUUUUGAGGGUUUAUUCCUUUAAAAAUCACCUGUCACUUUGAAUUUUUUACAUGCAGUUUGAACUUUGGUAUAACGUCUAUGAGAUGUUUUAGGAAAUUGCCACCAGGAUCAUGAUCUCCUUGAUGUUAUAACACAGCAGGCACAAAAACAUGUCAUGAAAAAAGAUUCAAAGCACAAACAUCAUAUAUAAAUAUAUAUCAUACAUAUAAUUAUGUGCCACUUUGAUUUAGCCAUUGCCUGCAAGUGUUUUUCUGUGCAGGAUAUGCUGAUAAAAGCAUCUUAGCAAAACUGUAAUUGGUGAAGUGCACUGCUCACAGCAUUUACAAGGGGCCCACGCCUUCAACAAAACUUAUAGAUAUGGUUAGAUUACAUACAGGCUUAAAUGUAUGGAUGACUUAAGUCUAUAAUUAAAAGUUUGAUUUAAGCUCAGUUUUGUCUUUUAAUGAAAAAUGUCACCCAUGCAACAGCAGACUAGAACCUCAGAAAAAAAGGGAAGAAUUAUCUCCUUUUUAUUAGGAUCAUCCCAUGAAUUAUAUGCACAAAAAGCUCUGUAGACACACCUGAAACUGCACUGUCCAGCAGUCGAAAUUAAACAUGUCUGGGGAAGAAAUAAAAUCCUACUUACUUCUGCCCACUUUAAAAGGGCAGGGAUUAUAUAGGGAAAACUUAAGCUAAAAUAUAUUAUUUUUCAGCCUCUACGACGAUUCAUUUGGCUUAGAACAAGCUACCCAGGCUAAGAUAUUUGCAUUGGGGUGUUUGGAUUGAGUUAUCGUUUCUAUUCUGCAAGUGACAAUACACUCCUGCUAUAGGUCACACAGGAGAGCAGACUGUAAUUAUUUCUGUUUAUAUCAAACAAGGGCUGGUGUAAUAUUUUCGGAGAAUUGAAUGCUGCUAUCACUGUUGCUGGGGUAUUUUGUUUCAAUGACAUUCUCAAUUAUCAGUCUCUAUGCUUUGCCAGUGCCUGUGAACGACAGUCUCUAGUAAAGCUUAUUAAAAAAUAUUGUUUGCUGAAAGGGUACUACAAAAAAUCCAAUUCUUGCACACAGCAUGAGAAAACAUUUAAAAAUCGUUGGCUGAGCAGUUGUGGAAAAUAGUCAGCACCGCAAAGACGUCAGCACCGCGGAAAGAAGGCAGAUAGGGGAACAGGGACACCAACACCAUUGCAUUAGAGCAGAGGCAACGCCACAUAUCCGCACCAUAAAUCCUUUGGGCAGAGAGCUGUUAAUAACCGCUGUGGCACUUCAGGAACUGGUGACACAGCGCGGGAGAGCUGGUGCAGCUCCCCCCUGCAGGUAUUUACAGGCAACAAACCGCCUUUAGGAAAAGUCUGGACGUUCAGGUGGAACUUCACGAAAGGCGACAGGACCAACCACCAUCUGCAGCAGGUGGAAACAUAAAUACAUUGCUGAAACAGAUGCCAUCCAGAGUAAUUUUGGUUCACGCAGAAUUAUUUAGCUGCCAAAAAGGCUUCAUGUCAUCACUCACACAGAACUCAACGCAUCUCUGGGCUUCUGCAGGCCUGAAAUGCACUCACACCGCACCACAGCCAGGGCCGCUGCCGCUGCAGACGCUGCGGUUCACCCUUGGCAGCUGCGCCUUCCCGUUAAAAUCCAAAUAUGUCAGGCAUCGCCUCCUUAAAACCCGCACAGGAACCAAGGAAAGCCUCACAAAUCUCUAUUUAUGUGAAUGGGCUUUGCAUCAAAUCCUAACUGCGGGGAGUCAGUUCUCCCACCCUGAAGUCCCACGGCCGCCAUGGCCCCGAGGGACCCGGCCCGGCGGAAGUGGCGGGCCGCGGGCCGGAAGAGGCGGGGCUUUGUGCGGCGGCGCGGCGGCGGCUGGCGGAUUCGUUUUCAGAAUGACUUCCUUGGAUGACAUGCCCCUGAAUUAUGAAAAGAUGUUUGCUCAUCGAUUUACAUCAGAUGAUGAAGAAUACCAAGAAUAUCUGAAACGCCCUGCAGAUCCCCCUCCUAUAGUUGAAGAAUGGAGAAACAGAUCUGGUGGCAACCAGAGAAACAGAGAUCGGUUUCAAGAUGGUAGAUAUUUCAGAGGGGACAGGUACAACUGGCAAGGUGACUAUAGAUCUAACCAGAGGCCAGAAAGAAGUUGGGGCAAUAACUACCAGCAGCACAGGCAAGGACAGUCAUACUCCUCCCACUACGGACAAUAUGGCUACAACUCCUACAACCCAGGGCCUCGUUACCAUCCCUACUGAUGACGCUUGUAGUUUGAAAGUCCAGUAAUGCUGUGUAACAUAUCCAUUUUCUCCUUUUUUCACAGUUUUAUAGAUAACUGAGGAAUCAGUAUUACAGUCCAUUGCUGAUUAUCUAUAGUUGUGAAUUGAAAAACAGAAUACCUUUUAUGAAUAAAAGUGUAUUAUACAGUUUGUUUAGAGUCUCCAGAUCUUAGAUUAAAUUUCUAUCUCAUAUUCUUUUGUCUGUAUACAUACUAAUACACUUUUCUUCUUGCACUGAUAGUUCUCUGUUACGUUUUAGAAAGCACAACAGGUCAUGGGAAAAAUAGCUGUGGUUUGCAUGCAGCCUGUAGCAGUGGCACAUUCCUGAAGAUAGUUCUUUUUGAGAAUGACAUAGUCUGUCUUUCUUUGCGGUGAAUUUUUAGUUUAGCUUUUGAUAGUGAGGAAAUUUCAGAUGCCUUAAGACUGAGAAGAGAGAUGCUGUUACAAAAAUAUUUUAUGGGCUCAGCCUAGUGUCUUGUUGACUUAACGGCUUCAAUUUACUUGCAGUAUUCCUCUCAAAACACAGUCUCGAAGGUGGAAUAAAAAUUAAGUAGUGUAUCUUAUCACAGUAGUUCAGUAACAUACGAGUUUGACCUGAGAAGUGGUAUCAGACUUAGAUUAUUUUGUAGCAACUCAAAAUAAAUUUGGUGCAUGCAUAACAAAUUUUGGAAUUCCCAUUUCAGUAAAGCUGUAAAGUUUUGAUGGUAAUUGUAAUCAGUUUGUAUGAAAUACUUUGUGCAUGUUCUAGAAGAAAGGAACCCUAAUCAUUACUGUUCUGUACUUUUUUGCAUGAGAAAAUAGCACAAGCACUGCAGAGUGUUAUUCAGUUCUUAGAAUUUAAGUUCUGUGUUUAAGUAUUCGCCCAGUAAAAGCACAGUUCACAGGUAAGGAUGUUUCUGAAUAUUUCUGAAACCUACUUCUGAAACAUUCAGAACUGCAACACUGUCAUGUAGGCUGAGAGCUGCACCAGAAGCAGCACCAACAGAUUAAGUGUUAAUACUGGACAGCUGUUGGCUUAAGUUAGAAGAAUGGCCUGCUCAUCUACAAUCAGGAGGAUGAGACACUUGGUCAUUAAUGAGAAGUCUGGAGCAUUAAUCCAUUAUCUUCCAUUCUACUAUAAUAGGGACAAAGUUCUGUGUUUCACCAUUUACGUGAUAAGCUGAUUUGUUUGAGGAGAGCAGUGCAUUUCUUUGUACUUGACAUUUUCUCCACUAUUGUACAGAAACACAGAGCCAUCCAUGCUGACUGUUGUAAGAGUCAUGAUGUUAUGUGAUAAGGGGUGCAAAUUAGUGCAUCUUGAUUUAAAAACCAAUAAAAGUAAAAGGCAAAA